GGCGUCGCAUCCAUGGCGGGCGCGGCAUCUGCGGGCGGGGGGUGGAUCCGGCACGGCACGGCUGCGACAAAUAUUCAAGAACAGCACAUACCAUUUUGCUUCAGCUAUGGAAUGAAACAAAAAUGAGAAGGAAGUCAGAGAUAAGUGCAAGAUUGAACUAGCUAGUUCUGAAUAUUUGUUCUGCUUCAAGCACAACAUCUCCAUGUGUUCUGAACUUAAAUACUGAGAUUCCUGAAGAACAGAUUCUGGAAGACGAGUGCAUUCCAUCUGAAUACGCGGUUUGCAGACGUCGGCUCGGUGACGACACAUGAGUCAGAAGCAAAUCAGGAUUCGAUAACGUUCAUGCUUUCCUUGACUUGACCUAUAAAGUAACGUCCUUAUUACUCCCGUCAAUGAAUAUGUAUAUCGUCGUAUUAAGAAGAUAGUGCGCUGCAUCAUGCACCUAACCGGCCUGAUGUUCUUUUUCAAUACGGGUGAAUCCGAAGAGAAUGAUGACUCUCUGAAUAGUGGAUGAAUUAUUAGAUCGGAGGGAUUGUGGUUAGGGAAUCUUUUAAAACAUAGACACUAUUUUACAGGAUUUUUAUAGAAAUUAGGAAGCAAUCACUACUUAAAAAAAGCAUUUUUGCCAACGUUGGGUCUCUUUUUCCGCAGACGGGUAUGACCCUCGGAGCCAAAUAUCUGUUAGAAAUUUAAUCAUAAUUCGGCAUAUUUUAAUCCAAAAUAACAAGAUAAUAAGCAUGUUAUUUACAAUGAGCAUGCUUAACAUAGCAUGUAAUCAACAUGAGCAUGCUUAACAUAGCAUAACCAUCAACAAUCACAUAAUAACGCAAUGUUGACAUUGCGAUGAAUAUUAACGGUACAACUUCUAAUUGAAAUAAUGUAAGAUGGUUAUACCCCAAAAAAGGUCCUCCGCUGGAGUUUAAGGCAGUAUUGCCUCUGUUGGUGUUGACAGGAGCAUCCUUCUCCUUGUCUCCAGCGUUGUCGUUGUCUUUAGUGUUCGAUAUGUUAGUGAAGACAAAGUAGACGUUGACGAACAGUCAGUAGUCGCACCUUGCGCUCCCCAAAAACCUGAUCGCCCACCCGUCCAUGCAAACGUCGUAGCAGUGCGUGGUUUCGGAGGCCUAUUCUCUCAAAGCGUGUGCACACACUCGUCGGGAUGGGAUUACCGUAGCAGCAAAAGCCUUGGAAAUGGAUGAAAGUGUGUCUCACUUCUCCUUAGGAAGAUAAAAUCCAUUCUCAUUUUAUAGGAGGAAUGGAAGAUGAAGAGUAAGAGUCAUGGAAUAGGAAGAGAAAUAGAGUAACUAAUUCUCAUCAAUUACCCAUCAACCAUCCUCUAUUACACAACCAUCAACCAACCAUCAAUUAGGAGUAAUUGAUGUAGGUUACCAACGGAAUAGGAAGAGCAAUAGACCAACUAAUUGUCAUCAACUAGCAACUAGCCAUGAACCAUUCUUCACUCCACAAGUAUCAACCAUCCAUCAAUCAGGAGUAAUUGAUAUAAGUUACCAAUUCACCAAUCAAAUGGAUUAAUUAUCAAAACUCUUCAUCCCAUUGAUAUCCCAUUAAGAGAAUGAAUACACAUGAAUUCCUAGCAUAAUGAGCCUUGGAAUUAAUGAUUUAAAUGAAUCAAUUACUCAAUUAAAUCUAACAAUAUUCACUUAUGAAAAUGUAAACCGAGGUGGAUUUUCAUCAUUCGAUUGCGAAAAUAAAUUUUUCCAAGCGAACCGCUUAAGAGGUCCGCCUGCGAAAAUACCUUUAUUUCUAUGAUUUUUGCAGGCGGAAACUUAUGUGCUCCGCCUAAAAAAAAUCAUGCCUACAUGAAAAAAAAAACUAAGUCCUAUCUUAUCUUCUCAUCUUCCAUCUUAUCCUCUCCCCACCACUCAUUCCAUCAACUCUCUCUCUCUCUCGCGGUUCCCUCCGGCUCCCUCCCCUCCGCUUCCUUCCUUCCGGUGGAGGCGCAAGCGAAGGGCGUCACCAUUGCCGGAUCCACCGCCCCCAUGCCACCCCACUGCUGCCGACGCCACCCUCCUCUCUAGGCGCACCACUGUCGAUGCCCAUCCACUCCAUCGGAUCUAGGAGGGAAGCAAGAGGAGAGGGAGGGGAGAGGUCGUGCUGCCUCGUCCGCGCUCUGCCGGCGGUCCCCCUCCGGCCAUGCAGGGAGGGCAGGAAGGGGAGGGGAGGGGAGAUAGAAGGAGAGGGAGGGGAGUGGCCGCGCACGCUGCCGUCGAGAGGGAGGCAGCCAUCAGGUUUAUACCAUGUUCGCUAACGUUGUAGCUUCCAAGCUGUGCAUAUCUCAGGCCUAGUGUCCGUCAGUGAUCAACUGCAAGGCGCUGCAUACUAGCCAGCAGAUUCCAAGAGCGUUCGGUACGCCCUGUCUAUUUCACGUACUAUCUGGUUUUGUGUAGUUUUUUUCAUUGAUAUUAAUUCUUGCUCAACUAACACACAUGUGUUAGCAUCAGACGAUGCCUGGAUGGAUGGUUCGCACGGUGUUCUUGCUCAAUUCGUGGGUAAUCCGGACGUUGGUAGUAUUCAGCUUCGCAGCGCAUGUCACCAUCGUCUUCUUGGCAGGAGUCCGCCGUCAUAAGGCUAUCGGCUUGCCGAUAGCCAUCCUGUGGGCGGCGAACCAGCUGGGCCGGUCGGCCGCGACGUACGCGCUCAGCAAGCUCGCCCUCGGCAGCACGCCGCAGGAGCUGCAGCUGGUGACGCUCUGGGGGGCGUUCCUGCUGCUCCAUGCCGCUGGUCCGGACAACAUCACCGCCUACUCCUUGGAGGACAAUGUUCUGUCGACGCGCCAGAAGGUAGAAAUGAUCUUGCAGGUAUCAGGAGCAGCAUUUGCCAUGUACAAGAAUAUAGUCAUCAGAAGCGGGUCCGGUACGAUGGUCUGGGUCUCCUCUUUCAUGUUCAUCAUGGGCAUUUUUAAGUAUUGGGAGAGGGCGAAAGCUAUGCAGCUCGCCAACCUAGAAAACUUGCGAAGCUCAAUCAAGAAGAAGAAGGAGACAAGGAGACGACGAAGCUUGAGAAAUAUUAGGCGUCCAAGCAGUUCAAAGCAUGAUAAUGACAAGGAGGCACUGCUGGUUGCUCAUGGCCUGCUCGACAUCACCAAAGGCACCUUCGUCGAUUCUUCAGUCAACGAGUUGGUAUCAGAGCGAGUUCUCACCCCCUUCCUGAUGAGCUCUCUUCUGCUCAUUACUAGUGACAUUGCCAGAACGAUUCUUCUGCGCAGUAGUAAUUUGGAGCUCAACCUCCAUCCCUCGAGCCUCCUCAACUGCAUUGAGGUAUAUAGUAGGCGGGUUUCUUCCCAUCACUUCUCUAUACCGAGCAUUGAGCCCUCGAAAGAACUUCCUAGCCUUCUCACGCUCAUCACUUGCCACGCUAGGCACAAAGCGUACAAUACUGCUGAACUCCCGUUCAUACUCAUCAACAGUCUUGCUCCCCUGUUGGAUAUUGUUUAACUCAUCACUCAUCUUGUCCCUAAAUGAAUCUGGAUAAUACUUAGCUCUGAACUGCU